AUGGUCUCGUCGCAGCAACUCGAGUCGGCCAUUCGGGAAAAGGUCGACAAGGUCUCGACGUUGGUCGUCUCGGACGUCUCCGGCGGUUGCGGUCAGGCCUACGACGUCGUCAUCGUCAGCGACGCAUUUGAAGGCCUGCCCACCAUCAAGAGACAUCGCAUGGUCAACGCGCUCCUCAAGGACGAGAUCGCCCAGCUCCACGCCUUUUCCCAAAAGACUUACACCGUAAAGCAGUACGAGUCCCUGAGCAACCAAUCGCCAUCGACGGAUAGCAAGCCAGCAGAGGCGGCAGCAGCAGCAGCGGCGGCGCCAUCUUCAUCGUCAUCGGAUCUGCAGGCGCCGGCACCCAUCCUGACGACGGGCUCGGGCAGCCGCGCGUCGCACAACCGCACCGCCUCGGGCGUCUCGAUACCCGAACUCACCCUGACCACCGACGACGACAGCCUGUCGGGCAUGGCGGCAAAGAAUGCCGGAAAGCCACUCACCCCGGGUGCCCAGCCCGGCGGCACGACCCAGUACCCGGGCACCGCCGUGCCCCCGCCCCUCAGCCCUUCGAUUUCCCGGCUGCACGAGAACCGCAUCCGAUCCACCGAAUUCUGGACGGGCCUCCGAUCCUACCUGGAGCUGCAGUUCUCUGUCCCCUCGGCGGCCGAAGCAGGAGCCGCCAGCCCGGGUCCGCACGGCCGAACGCCCGGCGAUGCAGAGGUGGAGCGCAUCUUUGAAGACUUUUUCCUCUCGCAAAAGCACCACCUCUCGGCCAACGACAUUGCCCGCGUCCGAGACGCCACCGGCAUGUUUGGCAUGGCUGGCGUCUGA